AUGUCCGAACCCUCAGAGCCAACCCCAGUUCAAGCCUGGGACAGCAUUGCAUCUUUUUGGGAUGAAGCCAUCACCCCUGGAGGCAACAAAUACUUCCACCGUCUCCAGGCUCCCUGCCUUCACCGCUUUCUUGCUAAGCAUCUUCACCGUGAUGCGAGAUGCUUAGACUUAGCGACUGGUAAUGGAGUGGUUGCCCGCUGGAUGCUUGAUCGAGGAGCGGGCUGGGUCCUGGCGACAGAUGCCAGCGGCGAAAUGCUGGAAAUCGCUAAGCACAACUUUGCCUCCGGAGGGUGUGAUCCCAAGAGGUUUACAUGCCACAGAACCGACGUUACUUCAGAGCAGGACAUGGGAGCCCUCGAAGAAUUUCAUUGGCACGGAAGACUCUUUGAUGUCAUUGUCAUAAACAUGGCUCUCAUGGAUAUCGAAAGACUGGAUGUUCUCGCAGCUGCCCUGCCCCGACUUCUUGAUCCUGGUGGAGUAUUCGUCGCCACUGUUCUUCAUCCCGUCUUUUUCACCUCCAACGCAACCAAGUCGAUCUCCAUCUCAUUCGACCCCGCCACCGGUGAGCAAGUGACGACGCGGUCAAAAGUCAUCACAGAGUAUCUCGAUGUUGCACCGGCAAAAGGAAUUGCUUGCCCGAGUCAGCCAGUCAAACAGACGUACUACCAUCGCCCCAUUCAUGAGCUUCUGUCUACCUUUCUCAAGGAUGGGAAGCUUGUCAUGGAUGCAAUCGAAGAGCCAGCUUUUACCGAGGAUGAUUGUGAUGAGAGGAGAGUAGAGUCGAGCACAAACUUUACGCAGCUUCCAGCUCUACUGGCUUUUAGACUGAAGCAUCGAGUUGACAAAUUUGAGUAG